AGCUCGCUCAGCUUGCCCCAGAUCACGUGCGCCUCUCAGCCCAUCGGCCCAUCCACCCUGUUUUUGAGCCAUGGCUUCGGAGACCACGUCGACCACAUCCAGCCCGGUGGAGGUGGAGGAGGACCUGCACGAGAUGGUUGAUCCAGGCCUCUCACGAGGAAUUGUGGUCUAUGACAUGGUGGAAGAGCAAGUGAAGGCCGAUGAAGAGGAGCUGUUUGACAGGAUGGAGCCCUCGAAGGCGAAGUAUUUCACGCCUGAGGUGAAGGCGCUGUUCAUCUCUGCAUCGCUCUACACCCUCAUCACCAGUGCACAGGUCUAUGCAGCUCACGUGUCGCACUCUCAGGCUUUGCUCAUGGACUGUAUCUCCAGCUUCGUCGAUGCCUUCACCUUCAUGGGAAACAUUGUGGUGGAGUGCCAAAAGCGAGAUGGCAAGAGUCAUGUGGCCUCACAGCUGAUUAUCGUAGCAGCUUCCCUUGGCUUACUUUGCUUCUUCACGGUGCAGGCCUUGACCGAAAGCUUUGCCACUGCAUUGCAGUGCUGGCACUGGCAGGGUGGAUCCGAGGAUUUGGCAACGGAUGCUGAUGACGUGAACGGCUGGAUCACUCUAGGCUUCGCACUGGGCAACAUCCUUUUCGACAUGAUUUGCUUGCGCAACUUCUACAGGAGUCACAAGCAGACCGGAUGUGCCAGGCACGUGAAUAUGUUCUCCGCUUUUCUGCAUGUCAGCGCAGACUUGUUGCGAGCAUGCACUACGCUGGUGAUGUCAUUGUUGGUUCUGAUAUCACCAGACUUGAACUCCAGCUGCGCAGAUGCUUCUUCCAGCAUCUUCAUUGGUUUUACCAUUCUGGGAGGUGCGUCCGUGGGCUUCUACAAGUGGCUCAAGCUUUUGAUCAGAUCUUGCUCAUCCGACGGGGGCCUGUGCUCCCGACUUUGGUAGAUGCUGUGGGAAGCUUUGUAUGCGGCAGUUUUGUUUGUUUUAACUAUUAAGAGUGACCUUGGUUUAGUUAAGUUUAGCAUGGUUGAUUAGGGGCAAGAGUCUUGAGAUGAAAGGACAUUGUACUGCUUUGUUUGUUUCUUUCGAGUCCGGGGCUGCUGUGCCUCCUAAGGAAUGUAUUUUGGUCGAACUGCCUGAACAAUUGAGAGAAUCCAUUCUUGGCCCAACUGCGCGCAUAAAUGACGGAAGCUGGCUGAGAUGUUCCGAGCUUUGAGUGUUUAUACUGCAGAUUUGUAAAGCUUGCAUAUAUAUUCAUCUCGAAACUGCUGGGGCAAAGUGCAUGGACAUCGAAGGCGGUGUCUUGAAUCUUGAAUUCACUAAAGCCACGCAGAGCCUCCGACCAGGGAACAAGGUUUGACCCGCACUUAUUGCAUCUCAAUGAAGCCCGGUGGAGGUCCAUGAGCCACUAGCCGCUAGCCUCGUGCUUGAGCAAGAAAUGACAUCUGGCUUUCCGAGACCUAACAUAGCGGGAAAGCAAUGCAUUACUAUACAAUGACACUCCCUGAAAUAAUCAUUGAAGUGGAUGGCAUGGCCC